CCGGAGCCUUUCAGGCUUUGUUUGACGUGGAAGCCAAAACUGGGAGCCUUCUUUGUCCAAAUAGACCUAUCGGACACCCACCGCUCCCUUCUGCAAUCUCUCCUAAUAAUAAACAAAUCCCCCCGCCGGAGAUGCCGUCGUAAACCUAUACGCCGGUACCUCCGCCGCACUGCUUAUACCUCAAAGAUCAACCUACAAUUUCCCCUAAUCUUGCCCAUUGGGAGAUCACCGGAAAAGAAAUUUUGAAAAAGAAGAAGGAGCGUGGCUCCUCGAGAAAUGGCGAGUGGCGGCAAGCUCUCGCCGCACGUGAUUGUCGUCUCACUUGCCAUCGUUUACAUAUACUUUUCGACUGUCUUCGUUUUUGUGGACCAAUGGUUUGGGCUCCGUUCGUCUCCAGGAAUCAUGAACACCGUCGUUUUCACCGCGGUUGCGAUUAUGUGUAUCCGUAACUACGUCGUCGCCAUGUUCACGGAUCCUGGUCGGGUCCCGCCUUCAUUUGCGCCCGACAUUGAGGACUCGGAGCACCCGAUUCAUGAGAUCAAACGAAAGGGGGGUGACUUGAGAUACUGCAAGAAAUGUUCAUCAUACAAGCCACCUCGUUCCCAUCAUUGUCGUAUAUGUAAACGUUGUGUCUUAAGAAUGGAUCACCAUUGUGUUUGGAUGAACAACUGUGUGGGCCACGCCAACUAUAAGGUGUUCUUUGUGUUUGUUGUAUAUGCUGUCCUCGCAUGCCUAUACUCUAUGAUUUUGCUUUUAGGUAGUUUAACUGUUGAUACACAAAAAGAUGGACAGCAACCCGAAGGAUCUUAUAGAACUGUAUAUAUCAUAUCCGGGAUGUUGCUAAUUGCACUUACCAUGGCUUUAGGUGUCUUUUUGGGGUGGCAUAUCCAUCUUACAUUACAAAACAAAACCACAAUAGAGUAUUACGAAGGCGUGAGGGCAAUGUUGCUAGCUGAACAAGGCGGAAAUGUGUACUCUCAUCCGUAUGAUCUUGGGGUCUAUGAAAAUCUAACUACAGUAUUGGGUCCCAACAUUCUUUGUUGGGUUUGUCCUGUAUCAAACUACAUAGGAUCGGGUCUACGUUUCAGAACUGCAUAUGAUCAUCCACAUGGCGUAUUCAAAACAACAACUACAACUUCAACUUCUUCUUCUUCUUCAUAAAAUUAUCAUGAUAUAUUGUUAUAUAUAAAGUAUAAAGGGGAUCGACUAAUGAUAUGAUAGGGUGAGUAGAAGUACUAACAAGUUGUCCUUUUGUUGUGGGGUUUGUUUUUUGAGGGG